GCAACUACAGGUGGGAUCCAAAGCUGGUUCUGAGAGGGAGGGAUCCUCUUCAAUGGCCUCCAUGCCCGCGAAUGCCCAGCUAGCUACCCAACGUGUAAGUGGUGUAAAUUCAGCAAGAUGUCUUGUGCUACCCUCCUGCUCUACCCUCUGUGUCUAUUAAAGCCCAGAACCAUGUCCGCUUUGCUACUGGAGAGGCCAGGACUUUGUGGGUUUCAGUCAUCCUUUUAGUCUCUCCAUGGUGGCUGGCUCCAAUCUUAGUUUUCAUUUGUGUUCUGCUUUGCUUAGCAGGGCUGCGAGUUCUUUGUUGGAGAAAUGUCUUCAGAGUCAGAAAAGGAUAAAGAGAGACUGAGUCAAGCUGCCAGACUAUUCUUCUUCCACAUUCGAGAUCUGGUUUCCUUCAUAAAUAAGUUCGUUGAGUUGUUUAACCUCACGAUGAAGACUCGGGUCCUCCCGGUGGAUCUGAAGGAAGACAGUUGCAUUAAAGAUUUCUUUGAGCAAAUGAUCACCAAUUUUAAAGAGAUGCAACUGAUGGUGGAAGCCAAGCACAAACAAGUGCAGAAGCAGCCUUUCUGUUCCACGGUGGCGAGUGCUGUGACCUCUGCAGUGGAGAAGUGUGCCAACGUGGGCCCACAGCACACAGCUCGAGAAAUGCUUAGAAAUAUCCAGGCCCCAGCCGCUGCCUCUGUGCUGAGCUGUAGUCUCAUCCUUGGGAGUCUGGAAUCUUCUCUCUCUAACCUGAUGCAGUUCCCCAUCAUGGGUCUCCGAUUAAGUGACUUCUAUAGAGAAGAGACCAAAGAGCCAUCGGGCGCCACCACAUCCGAGAAAAUCACAAGUCCAGAACGUCCCCAGGCCACUCCAGAGGAUGCCUUGAAGAAGCUGCAAGAUGCCCUGAGAACGGAGGAUGCCCACAAGCCGGCGGAAGCAGCCGCAGAUGUACUGGAACAGUUUGUCCAGACUAUGGAGCUCACCUUACAGGUCCUCCAGAAAGCCAUAGAGACCAUGGAAGGGGGCAUCUCCACAUUUAGGGAAGUUGGGACCAAGUAGAGGUGCAACGCAAGACGUGUUCCUUUCUGUCUGAAAUCAACUGGAACUCUCAUUUUUUUGUGGUAAUUUGUACAUUCCAUCAAUGCUGUAUGUGCGUUUGUUAGCACUUAAAUGCAGAGAGGCAUCCCUUGAUAAACUGCUCACCUGUAGUUCUGAUUUGUUACAUUAAAAUGGAUAACCGCAGUGACUAAAUAGAACGUGCUGCUAUAAGGAUCAAGGCUCUCAGUAUUUCAUUCAGGGAUCUUCUAAAUCUGUUGUUGCUUCGAAAGCAUUAAUUAAGCAACUAAUCUCUCCUUUCCACAAGUCUGUCUGCAGUUACCACGUCCAGUCCAGGCAAGUGCUGGCUUUCUCAUGGUGAUCUCUCCUGCACUGUAAUCCACACUGCAAUCUCCAUUCUCAUAA